GAAUCACCAUGGAUUCUGUUUCCUUCAAUCUAAUAUCUUUUUAUUUCUCUUAUUUGUUUCAGGAAACACUCCUUUACACCUUGCUGUGAUGCUGGGACAUAAAGAAUGUGCCCACUUGCUUUUAGCCCAUAAUGCUCCAGUGAAGGUGAAAAAUGCUCAGGGAUGGAGCCCUCUUGCAGAAGCCAUCAGCUACGGAGACCGACAGAUGAUCACAGCACUCCUGAGGAAGCUGAAGCAGCAGUCCAGGGAAAGUGUUGAAGAAAAACGACCUCGAUUAUUAAAAGCCCUGAAAGAGCUAGGUGACUUCUAUCUAGAGCUUCACUGGGAUUUUCAAAGCUGGGUGCCUUUACUUUCCCGAAUUCUGCCUUCUGAUGCAUGUAAAAUACACAAACAAGGUAUAAAUAUCAGGCUGGACACAACUCUCAUAGACUUUACUGACAUGAAGUGCCAACGAGGGGAUCUGAGCUUCAUUUUUAAUGGUGAUGCUGCACCCUCUGAAUCUUUUGUAGUUUUAGACAACGAGCAAAAAGUUUACCAGCGAAUACAUCACGAGGAAUCUGAGAUGGAAACAGAAGAAGAAGUUGACAUUUUGAUGAGCAGCGAUAUUUACUCGGCGACGUUAUCGACCAAAUCCAUCACCUUCACACGUGCCCAGACUGGGUGGCUGUUCAGAGAGGACAAAACAGAAAGAGUAGGAAACUUUUUGGCAGACUUCUACUUGGUUAAUGGGCUUGUAUUAGAGUCGAGGAAGAGGAGAGAACAUCUGAGUGAGGAGGACAUUCUUCGGAAUAAAGCCAUCAUGGAGAGCCUGAGUAAAGGGGGCAACUUAAUGGAGCAGAAUUUUGAGCCCGUCCGACGGCAGUCCCUGACGCCGCCCUCGCCCAACACCAUCACGUGGGAGGAGUACAUCUCUGCUGAGAAUGGCAAAGCUCCUCACCUGGGCAGAGAGCUGGUCUGCAAAGAAAGCAAGAAAACCUUUAAAGCCACAAUAGCUAUGAGCCAGGAAUUUCCCUUGGGAAUUGAAUCAUUGUUGAAUGUUUUAGAAGUAAUUGCACCCUUCAAGCACUUUAACAAACUUAGAGAAUUUGUUCAAAUGAAGCUUCCACCAGGCUUUCCUGUAAAACUAG